CCUUUCUUUUCUUCUUCGCUGCUUUUUUGCUCUGCACCGUCUCCCAGCUCUGACGCUCGUUUGUCCGAGGCGACAGAUCGUCCAGAUAAUCGUCCAGUGCGUCUAACCCCCUCUCCUCCAAAUCCUUGACAUAUUCCUUGCUAAGUAGCCCCUCGAUGACGGUCACGAUGUCGAUGUCCUCGACAUUAUCGAAAGUGUAUCCGGCUUCGUUUAGAGCAGCUUGCAGACGGUGCCGAGGUAUACGCGGAAACGCAGCUUGCAGGAAUCCGAGAGGAGACGUGAAGGAUGCGACACUGGAUGACUCCGAUUUCGGUGAAUUUGAGGUCGGAGAUGUCGUCGCAGAGGUAGAGGUGGCCCCUGAGCUGGACGCGUCGUAAGGGCCACUGCUGCUUCUAACACUGUCGUCCGUGAUUCGUAUAUCUGUGAAUGCCUCGUUCAAACAAAAAUCCUCCUCUUCAGCCUGCUGUUCGGCAUCGGCAGCGAGGAGAGCGAGGCUGAGGCGUAGAUCGUCGAUCUCGCGUUUGGACGGCGGGUCCGAACCGAGGUCAGCGAUAAACGCAGCGAUGAGUGAAGUAUCAAGCGCACAAAACUCCUCCUAAAUUCAUCGCACAGUGCGAGAGAACAUGUUGGAAUGCGGGUGGUAGGUGAGGAGCUCAACCUGAAGUUGAUCAAAAAAUUAAAGACAGUUAGAAACGGACCUGGAGUUCUUCCUGUAGUGCUAGCUUUGAUUUCGCGACAGGCAUGUCUGGCUGCAAAUAUAAGCAAUAGGGUUCUGAAUCUGAAUCUUGGAAGAGGGGUAGUGUGUAGGGGCAAACAACCUGAGCG